AUGCUUGCCGGAACACCAAAACAUGAUAUUCAUGCUUUACAAAUGGCCUCGGCACAAGGAGCUGAUGAAAUACCAGCUACUGGUUGUACCUAUGACUAUUUGGUGUACCUGGCCACCAUCGUAAGAAAGGAUUGUAUUCCAGCUGAAAACGGUAAUGGUCUAAUUAUAUACAAAUGGAGUUGCGACUGUGUGACGUAUCUUGGACAUCGGACAGGCGAAGCAGUCUUUCAAUUAUUUUCCUAUACCCACAUUAUGGUAUGGCCAAAAACAUCUCUGGCCUAUGAGUCGUCGCGAAGCUUGUAA